CUGAUCUACAAACAAUAAUCAUCAACUAGGCAAAAGCAAGAUGCAUUAAAUUUUUAGGGUCGGGGGAGGUUGAUGCAUGAUCCAGUUUUAGUAUGGUAUAAAAUUCAUGGGCAUAAAAAGCACUUCAAUCCAGCGCCAGCAUAUGGCAUAUAAGUAGGACGAAAACUUUUUCAAGGUUACACAUUUGCUUUUCUAGCCAUCAGGAAAGGUUACUUGCAACAUGUAAUCAAAUGCCAAUAAUUCCUACCAAUUAUAUUAAAGUUAGCGUUCUUAAAAUGCAAAACAAUAAGACGAGUGCUAAUGGAACAUUAUUACUUGUGCAGAAAGAAAGCAGAGCCUUAUAACGAAACGAAAAAAAAAAUGAAGGAAAUGACCAACUGACCAAAACUCCAAAACGAACAGAAGCAGCGAGCAAGACCCGAAAUCAACAGAGAACAAGCCCGAGUCUUCUAGCCCAACUCAACCAACACCACAGCCCAAUACAAGAGUCAGCCUCACCAAAUCCAAAUCCAGUAACCAUUAAAAAGCAAACCACAAAGUCUCUACCAAUCAAAUAGCAGACCCCCCAAAAUUUGAUCAUUCUCUCUUCCUCUCAGAAAAUGAUGGAAAAAGAAGAAAAUGUUAACUAUUGGGGAAGCUUCUCAGAGGAAGAGUACUACAAGCAGCAAGGAAUCAAGGGAUCAAAAUCAUUCUACACCUCACCAAGAGGCCUCUCUCUCUUCACAAGAUCAUGGCUUCCCAUCUCUGGGAGUGCACGUGGCAUCAUCUUUGGAAUCCACGGGUAUGGCAAUGACAUGAGUUGGACUUUCCAGUCCACAACAAUCUUCCUUGCUCAGAAAGGUUUUGCUUGCUUUGGUCUUGACCUUGAAGGCCAUGGUAGAUCUCAAGGCCUAAAAUGUUAUGUCCCAAAUGUUGAUUUAGUUGUACAAGAUUGUCUCUCUUACUUCAAUCUCAUCAAGCAAGAUCCUAACUUUGAUGGGUUACCUUGUUUUCUUUAUGGAGAAUCAAUGGGUGGUGCUAUUUCUUUGUUGGUUCAUUUUGCUGAUCCAAAUGGGUUCCAAGGAGCAGUUUUGGUAGCACCCAUGUGCAAAAUCUCAGAUAAGGUAAGACCCAGAUGGCCAUUUCCUCAAUUUCUCACCUUUAUCUCAAAAUUCAUGCCCACUUUACCAAUUGUACCAACUAAAGAUCUUUUACACAAAUCAGUCAAAGUAGAAGAAAAGAAGAUUGUAGGAAACAAGAAUCCUUUAAGAUACAGGGGAAAGCCAAGAUUGGGAACGGUUGUUGAACUCCUGAGGGUAACUGAGUAUUUGAGUCAAAAACUAUGUGAUGUGAGUAUCCCAUUCCUUGUAGUACAUGGCAGCGCAGAUGUUGUUACGGAUCCUGAAGUGAGUAGGACUUUGUACAAGGAAGCAUCAAGCCAAGACAAGACGAUAAGGAUCUAUGAAGGAAUGUGGCAUUCGUUGUUGUUUGGUGAACCUGAUGACAACAUCGAAAUUGUUCGUAGUGAUAUUUUGUCUUGGUUGAAUGAUAGAUGUAACACAAUUUCUGUCUGAAUGGGUUUAAAUUAUGCUGUAUGAUUUAAAGCACAUUAAUAAAAAAAAAAUUUUAAAAUCAUGAUCCAGGGUUUGAUUUACUUGUUUAUGAUUGAGGAUUGGAAAUUCAAUAUACAGAAUAUUUGGACUUGAGAAUUGGGACGGCAAUUUUGGAAGGAAAAAUCAGAUUCAACGAGGGUCACCUGAUUUCAAGUCCAUUCAUAUGUUUCCUGUGCCGUUUUAACGAUGUCAUUUACGUCGUUUUAGAUAUUCUUUGUGGCUCAAGUGUGCAGCAAACAAAGCCCUUUUAUUGAGGGCAGGCAAAGAAACACGAUACCAAAGAAAAAAUGUGUCGCAUUUGUGUAGCGAUUGAUUCCUUACGUUUCUAAUCCGUCUGGUGACUGCCAGUUAGGCUUUGGACUGGUCUCUA